CUUUAAAAUUAUAUUUUUUUAUACACAUUUCUAUCUCAAUUCAAAUAAAAAAAAUUAAAAUUUUCGUUACAUAUAGAUAAGAUUGACAUAAUAUUAAAAGCCGAGAAAUAUCCCUCCUAUUGUCAUCCUUUCAUUUUCAGUUUUUGUCAUCUUCAGAAAGAAAGGAAAAAGCCUCUCUCUCUGUCUGUGCAAACUGAAACGUGAAAAAGUCAAUUUGUAGAACAUCAUCGUCACUCAAAUGGCAGAAGCAGCAGCCAAUCACCACCGUUCGAUAGAUCCAAAGACAGGCUUCUGUCCCCAAACAAGAACUUUCCAUAGUCUCAGGCCACAUGUACCUCUGCCACCACCUUCUCUUUCUCUUUCCCUCCCUCAAUAUGCCCUCUCCCUCCUCCGUACCUCCUCCUCCUCCGCAGACAGCGACGGCGACACCGAUUUCAUCAUCGAUGCUACUAUAGGUCACAGACUCUCUUACUCGCAAUUUAUCGCUCAAAUCCGUUCCCUCGCUCACUCCGUCCGGAAAAACUAUUCCCUUUCUCAAAACGACGUCGCCUUCAUUCUCUCCCCUCCUUCUCUUCAUGUCCCUUUGCUUUACUUCGCUCUUAUGUCGUUAGGAAUCGUUGUCUCUCCAGCCAACCCGCUCGGUUCCGAAUCCGAGAUUGCUCACCAGGUUCAACUCAGUAAACCCGUUAUUGCCUUCGCCACCUCGAAGACGUCUUCCAAGAUUCCGAGUCUCAAAUUCGGGACAGUCCUUCUCGACUCUUCGGAGUUCCUCUCUUUCUUAACUCAAUCCGAUGUCGAUAACGACGUCCUUAAUAGAGCCCAGGUGAGUCAGCACGACGCAGCAGCGAUACUUUAUUCUUCGGGGACAACCGGGCGAGUCAAAGGGGUGAUCCUGAGUCACCUGAACCUGAUCGCGUUGAUUGCCGGGUAUUACCACUUACGGCAACUAUACCGUGAGGAGGAAGCACCGCACCCAGUGCCGUUUUUCACGGUGCCUUUGUUUCAUGUGUUUGGGUUCUUCAUGUUGGCGAGGGCGUUUGCGAUGGGAGAAACAGUGGUUUUCACCAAGAGAUUUGAAUUUGAGGGAAUGUUGAGAGCCAUAGAGAAGUACAAGAUAACUUACAUGCCGGUUUCUCCGCCGCUUGUCUUGGCGUUUAUUAAAUCGGAUUUGACUAACAAGUAUGACCUCAGCUCGCUUCUGCUGCUCGGGUCCGGUGGCGCCCCGCUUGGCAAGGAGGUCGCUGAGCGGUUCAAGGAGAAAUUUCCCACCGUGGAACUUGUUCAAGGUUAUGGGCUGACUGAGACAACAGGAGGUGCAACUAGGGUGAUUGGGCCAGAGGAGGCAGCUCGGUAUGGGACUGUUGGCCGCCUUUCUGAAAAUAUGGAAGCCAAGAUUGUUGAUCCCGUAACUGGAGAGGCCCUGCCACCCGGCCAGAGAGGGGAACUGUGGUUGCGAGGGCCAAUAGUAAUGAAGGGUUAUGUAGGUGAUGAGAAGGCAACUGCUGAAACCUUGGAUUCAGAAGGCUGGUUAAAAACUGGUGAUAUUUGUUAUUUUGACUCUGAGGGGUUUGUCUACAUUGUAGAUAGAUUGAAGGAAUUGAUCAAAUACAAGGCGUAUCAGGUCCCUCCAGCUGAAUUGGAACAUUUACUUCAUUCCCAUCCUGAAAUUGCCGAUGCAGCUGUGAUUCCGUACCCUGAUGAAGAAGCAGGGCAGAUUCCCAUGGCCUAUGUAGUGAGAAACCCUGGAAGUAGCAUCACUGAGGCUCAAGUCAUGGAUUUUAUUGCAAGACAGGUUGCACCAUACAAGAAGAUCCGACGUGUUGCUUUUAUCAAUUCUAUUCCAAAAUCUCCAGCAGGAAAGAUCUUGAGGAGGGAGCUUGUUAAUCAUUCUGUCUCUGGUGGUUUAUCUAAAUUAUAAACCAUAACUGGUGGGGAUUUGGCCAAAUGCUGAGAAAAAGCUGCACUAAAACAUGAAAACUUUCUUAGUAAUAUACGAAAAGCUUUGGAUACUCACUGAUGGCUGGUUUUGGAUUGCAGUGCUAAUUGAAAUCAAAUUCCCUUGGAACAUAUCUUAUUGCAUUUUAUAUUUCUAAGUGAAUUCUCUUACCUCCAGUGAUUCUGAUUCUGAUUAUGUUUUUAUUUUGUUUGGUUUGAAAGAAGCAACAAAGUAGGUUUCACUAUUCUAGUAGAGAAGCAA